UCAGCCAUUCAGUCAUCUGUGAAGAGUCAACCUGUCAGCUUCACCUGCGGUAUCCCAUCUUGUAUGCCCGGCUGGCGACUCGAUAGAGUAUGUUUAUUCCUCCAUUUGGAUUUGUUGAGCGCCUGAUUAAAAUAAACAGGUUAAUGUGUUCGUGUAAUCGAGUCCAAGCAGCAACGCACUGGAUUGCGUAUAAACGCCAUGUCCGGAUUGAAACUGUGUGGGCGCAUUUUAUUCAUUUGGUGCGUUAGAAAUUUUCGUCAGAUCUAGUGAAUCAUGGAAAGCCGGAAGAAUCCGGAAACGUCCAUGAAUCAGUUAGGCGGAUUGUAUCUGAACGGAAAACCGCUACCGGUGGAAAUACGACAGCAGAUUCUGUUCUUGUCGGUUUGUGGACUGCGCCCUUGCGACAUCUCGAGACAGUUACUGGUAUCCCACGGCUGCGUCAGCAAAAUUUUGACCAAGUAUCUUGAAACUGGUACAAUCCUACCAGGUUGUAUUGGUGGAUCGAAGCCGAGAGUGACCACCCCGUACAUUGUGUCCAAAAUCGUCGACUACAAGCGAAAACAUCAAACGCUUUUUGCAUGGGAGAUUCGUGAGAAGUUGUAUUACGAUGGCAUUUGUCCCAAAGAUUCCCUGCCUAGUGUCAGCUCCAUUAACAGAAUUUUGCGAAAAGCGCAGAAAAAAAUGAAGUCAAGCGGUGUUGGGGAAGGCGAGAAGGUAGUCGAAUCCGUAGUGUGCGGAAAACUGGAUGCACAUAAACAAACAGGCGUAGGGGAAGGCAGCGCGAAGAGGAAGGGCUUCUUGAUUAAAGAUCUGCUAGAAUAAUCCAUCUUUCACUGCGCAAACAUUUUGUUUGCCGACAAGUAAUAUUGUUGAUGUGUAAUGAUGAUUUUGUUAAUGUGCAGCGACAAGUACUUUAUCGCUAGCUGUACAUAACAAUUGCUGAUGAAUUUCGUACUAGUGUCUACGUAUUUGAGUGGUCUACUGUG